AGCGGUACCGAGUGACAUCUCGGAACCGUAAGAAUCCCAAAAUUGGAGCAGCGUUCUUAAACAAACCCGUAUAAUAAUCUGUGUAUCAAAUACAGAUUAAGUUAUUUGCGUGUUAUUUCCGAACAGAUAAGUGUACCGUAAGAAGACAAUAAUCGCGUUAUUCGAGUGAUCUCUGUGUCUCUGGAGACAGCGUACACCAUUUCUCCUCCGCCGAUCUCCUCGCGCUCUCGAGGUUUCAGAGGGUGCAACCAUAGUCGAGUGCAACGCGGAUCCUAACGCAAUUGAACGACACGUUAGACUGAUUCCGUUAUCAGCGCAAUCAGGAGGAGGAUGAGGUUGUUGUCGCCGCGGCAGGUGCCCGAGAGUAUCGCCGAGAACAUUGCGUUCAGUCAGGCAGCUCGGUAGCUACCGAAAGCGCCGAAUCGCGCGAAUUUUCACCGGACACCUGUAUGUUUAUUUUGAUUUCGUUUCUGCCUCUGCAACGAUCUAUCCGUGCGCCGAAACAUCGGGAAUCACUGGAUCUAAGUUCUAUUCGCCGCGAGGCGCCGCGGCAUCACGCGUUUUCUGGUACCGGUGCACGUGCUACCGUCAGGCCGCCGAUCGUUAUCUCCGGGAAUUUCGUGAUAUUUCGACGCUAUACAGUGUUCCCUCAGGCAUCGAUCAACUCGAUAACCGGUGGCGCGUCUCUUUGUUCUUCGAAUAAAGAGCCGUUCCACGCUCCGCCAGUCGACUCAAGGAUGUCCUCGAAGGUCCAGACGCGAGGGAGAAGGAUGAGGACUUGCGGCGGAAUGGCGACCGGAAGUCGGGCGCUCUGCCUCAGCUAACGUCUCAUUUUUCUUACUCCGAUGAACGUCCUCGGGAUGGAAUAGACGGUCCAAGCGGAAACGUGUCUCGUUUAUGCAUUCUAAAAAUAGACCGUUGACUCCUUUGAACCCGUUUGCUAUCCUGAACGAUAUUUACAAACACGAUCGGGUGAAUUACGUACUUCUUGACGUUCACACUCUACGGGGAAACAUUAUUACGGAGAUGUCGAACGAGGAUACAAGCAAUCCGUACCAUUUCUGGAAGGACUGGGACCUGCAGAAUGUCACGGAAGAACAGUAUCUGACCAAGGUGCUGGGCACGAAGUAUCUGCCGAUCGAGCUGAUGGUCCCGCUGACGAUAGCUUACGUGCUAAUUUUCAUCACCGGGAUUUUUGGGAACGUUGCCACGUGUACUGUCAUCAUGAGGAACUCUUCGAUGCAGACUGCCACUAAUUACUAUCUGCUGAACCUCGCCGUCUCCGACCUUAUUCUACUUGUGAUCGGAUUACCGAACGAGCUCAGCGUGUGUUGGCAACAGUACCCGUGGGCGCUGGGACUCGGAUUCUGCAAGAUCAGGGCAUACGUGUCGGAGAUGUCGUCGUACGUGUCGGUGAUCACCAUAGUGGCGUUCUCCAUGGAGAGAUACUUGGCGAUUUGUCAUCCGCUGCACGUGUACACCAUGAGCGGCCUGAAACGACCGAUACGCUUUAUCUUGGCCUCGUGGACGAUUGCGCUGAUCUGCGCGUCACCUUUUUUGGUUUACACAAAGGUCAAUCUGGUCGAGUUCCCGCCAGGAUCGGGAAACUACUCGGCCGACUCGGCGAUAUGCGCCAUGCUGCUACCCGACAUGCCGAAGUUCCCUAUCUACGAGCUGAGCAGCAUCAUUUUCUUCUCGAUACCGAUGCUGGUGAUCCUGCUGGUUUACACGAGAAUGGGCUUGAAGAUCCGGAGCAGCACGCAGGACGCUCUGAACUCCGUGGUGAACGGCGCGAUCCACGGCGAGUCCAGGCAGACACAAUCCCGGAAAUCGGUCAUCAGAAUGCUGAGCGCAGUGGUGAUCAUGUUCUUCAUCUGCUGGGCCCCGUUCCAUGCGCAGCGCCUGCUCUACGUGCACGGUCGGGGCUCCGACUACUAUCCGGACCUGAACGAGUGGCUGUACUUCAUGGGCGGUUGCCUGUACUAUUUCAGCACGACGGUGAAUCCAAUUCUCUACAAUUUGAUGAGCAUCAAGUUCCGUAAGGCGUUCAGAGAGACGAUUUGCUGCGAAGCUAAGAGGUCGCUGACAAGAAACUGGCCCAGGGAGCCGCAGAUGCGCGAAACCAGUCCCGCCGGUAAAGCCCGAGGCUCGAACUUCAAGAACUCCGUGAGGUACACCAUCAUCCAGGCGAAAGAAAUGUUCCGAUUCACGGCGAGCCGGGAGAGCGUUGCCAGAGACGGUGGCACGAACGAGAUCCUUCUCGAGCGAACACACACCGUAGCUCGGGAACAGGCGAGCAACAAGAGCGACGCGUCCAAGAAGACCGCGGAGGAGUCCAUGUCGACCGCGAGCAGCAAUCUAUGAUACGCGGCAAUCCUCCCUGGGGGAACUGUAACUAGAACUGUAUCGCCGAAUCGAAACUUUGUAAAUACUAACUGUAAAUUAACCGAUCACGGUCUACAGAAGUUGGACGAAACAAUGGGAACAUCUAGCGGGAACAUCUGUUUGCACUGCGCCUUUGGCAGUGAAUAGAUCUUGAGUUCUCUCAGGGAUAGAAUCACCUCGGUUCAUAACAGCGUUCCACAGCUUUGCAGGCUCUUGCGAACGAUAACUUUAUUCUAAGUCUAUUUUCUUAUAAGUCUAUUUUAUUUUGCAACGAGGAGAACUUGUCUAGUGCCUCUGUGAAACAAGAUUAAGCAUUGAAGAGAGCUAAGCUUAGAAAUGAUAAUUUUUCUGCGGUCAUAGGGAUCGAUUGCGUGUUUCAAAAGGUUAAUAUGCAGGGAGUCCCAGAAUUAUGUUGCUUCCGGGAAAUGGGAGAUUCCUGAGAUUAUUUGAAGUAACUUUUU